AUGAGUAAAAAAUAUCGCAGUCAACACAACUCGUCGGGUGACUUCACCAAAUAUUUGAUUGACUACCCAAAAGACGAAAAUGACGCCAUAUCAAUAGCUUCCGAUGCAAUGGAUAAUGAUACUAGUGAUAUAGAUGGAGAAAUCAUCAAAGUUGGUGAUAAGGAUUAUUGUUACGAAAAUAGUAAUUUCCUUAAUAACCUGAGUGGUGCCGAGGACAUCGAUAUCGAUGGGUUAUUUGUUACUUUGGGUGGUUUUGGUGGGAAAAACACUCAAAUAGCUAAUCUAUAUAAUAGUAUUGAUAAGAAAGAGAAGGAAGUCGUUAAACCAUUACUGGAACAUCAGCAAAGAAAAUAUUACCGCCAAGCAGCAUACCAAACUAUAGCCAAAGAGGUAGAAUCGUGGGUACCACAAAUCUCGUCUAAUGAACUUAAGGAGACAAUUACAUAUGGAAAACCAGCUCCAUUUGAGGUUAAUCCUCAAUUACUAACCUCAACGAUCACACCCAUUAAUGACUUUGAAAAGGAAUUGGCGCAGGCUGAGGCGAAUGUCAAGCUGUUAUAUCAACAAAAUUCACAAAUAUACGGUUUACAGAAUGAUUCCAACUCUAUUACCUCCACAAAAUAUUCAAAUAAAUCUAUAGUUCAUAGGCAAAAUAUGAAAAACAAACAGAUGAAUCGCAUUAAAAGCAAGAAUUGGCAUCGGGUAAAACGCAAGGGUAAAGAAUUUCUCCAAGAAAAACUAUUAUCACGCGUAGAAGUAGAAGAUCCGGAGCUAGCUAAGCAGAUUAAAUAUGAAAUAGAAAUAAAGGCAGCGGAACGCAGACUAUUAAGAAAGAGGGAAGCACAAAACAAGUGGGCCAAAAUGGCCAUUCGGUAUGGGGGUAAAGAAGCUCGUGCCAUAGCUUCUAGACAAUCUCAAUCCCUAAAUGAUUACGAAAAGAACAUCAUUUCACUUGCUAAAAAAAAUGAUUCAGACUCGGAUAGCGAUUCUGAUUGCGAUCAAUCGGACAAUAGUGACAAUGACUCAUAUGAUGCGAAUGCCAAUGAAAUGAAUACUAUGCAUCCCAAGGUUUAUAAUAUGAAAUUCAUGAAAAGAGCUCGAGAGAAGUUACAAUCACAUUCAAAUUCUGAUCAUUCUGGUGCCGAGAAUAAUGAAAUAAAUAGUGAUUGCGAAGUAAACCCUAAAAGUGAAGUUACAGAGUGCGGUGAUGUUGAAGAUAAAUUCAGUAGUAUAAGGAAAUAUAUCACAUUAAACAAUGCUGAAACAGUUGAAAAUAAUCGAAAUGAAAUUAUAAAUUCAGUUAAAACACCAAUCACUUGUGGAGUAAAUGGAAAUAAAAACGAUGCAAAAAAUAAUACUGUGGAAGAUAUUGUCAAUCAGAAAAGGGGAUUAGACAAGCUAUUAAAUGCUAUUCCUACGAAAAACAACGAACUAGCUUGUGAAAUAUUCACUGGCAAUGAAGAGCAGCUUCUUACUGAUAGUGAGGAAGAGGGAUCUAAUCAGUUUCAAGCAUCAGGUUGGAAUAGAUGGAUCAGUAAGACGAAUCAAUAUAAAACAAAUCAAGAUCAAAAUCGUAAGAAACGACGGGUGCGCGUUAAAACGGUGAACGACAUGGACAAAUUGACAAAGUAUACAAUAAAAGCCCUACCUUACCCACACUCUGACAGCAAAACAUUUAACAACAUUUUGGAUAGACCUUUAGGUCCGGAGUGGAAUACGGCUAAAGCCCAUAAAAGAUUAAUCCAGCCAAAGAUUGAGAUCAAGGUUGGGAAUAUAAUCAUUCCGAUUCAAAAGAAGAAUAUUGUCAAUAGGAAAGAGGUGGACUCGCUGUUGCGUGCAUUUGGUAAGGCUUCAAGGGCGCAGCGUACGUUGGCACGUUUGUGA